AUGCUAGGCUUAAUAUAUUCGCUGCUAUUACUGUUGGCUGCCAGGGGGUAUGCCGCUGACACCCUGAGCACAGGGAGUCUUUCAACUUGCUUGACUGAUUCCGAUAUUCAGGUGAACAAGCUGGACAUAAGUUUUUCUCGGUCUACCAAGAAAAUCACUUUUGACGUGUCUGGCACAAACACCAAAGUCCAAAAUGUCACGGCAUCACUAUCAGUCACUGCCUAUGGUAAAGAAGUCUAUACCAAGGAGUUUGAUCCAUGUGACAGCGCAAAUUACGUUGAAAAGCUUUGCCCUGUUCCAGCUGGCACGUUCUCCGCGACAGGUUCCCAGACAAUCCCCGACGAAUUUGUGAGCCAGAUUCCGGCAAUUGCGUUCUCCAUUCCAGACUUGGACGGAGUGGCUAAGCUCGAAUUGAAGUCAAAGGACGACGGCAAUGAGGUGGCCUGCAUUGAGUCCGAACUGAGCAAUGGAAAAUCAGCGGAAGUCCCUGCUGUUUCUUAUGCCGCUGCCGGCAUGGCUGGGGCUGCACUGGCCUUGAGUGGACUUUCAGCCUUGGGCUCUGCCGGUCACGUCGGCUCUGCUACUUCUAGUCCUGGGUUUGGAGAAGUUAUGGGUUGGUUUCACACCAUGGCCACCACUGGCAUGCUUAGUGUCAGCUAUCCCAAAGUCUACAGCAGCUUCGCAAAGAACUUCGCGUUUAGCACUGGCUUGAUACCACUGGCCCAGAUGCAGCAUUCGAUCGACAACUUCAGGCGACUAACGGGCGGUAAUCUUACCGAGAAUAACUACGACUAUUGGCAGGACGUGAGCGCUUCGUCAUCUUCCGCUAACCAAAAGAGAUCACUCGAAAUGCUACUCGGAGCAGCACGGCUAGUUGUGCGUGAAGUGGAAGCUUCGGUGAACAGCACGUCUUCCGGCAAUGCUACCUCGAGUAGCGAAGAGAGUCUCCUUUCAGCGGAUGGAAUCUCUAAAUUGAGCAACGAGUUGCUUAUCCCACAGUCCAAUACGUUCAUGACCGUUCUUUUGAUCUUCGCCAUUGUUAUCGCGGCAAUCACUGUGGGGAUUUUGCUCGUCAAGGUAAUACUCGAGCUGUGGGCGCUCAAUGGCUCCUUCCCUAAAAAGCUCGCCGAUUUCCGUGAACAUUACUGGGGUCUCCUCGCUAGGACUAUCACGAAUUUGAUCCUCGUUGUUUAUUCUAUCUGGGUCAUGUACUGUGUUUACCAGUUUUCGAAAGGAGAUUCUUGGGCGGCACAGCUCCUCGCAGGAGUGACCCUGGCGUUAUUCACGGGCGUUCUCGGAUUCUUCGCUUUCCGCAUAGUACAUCUAGCUCGCAAGUAUAAAAAAUCCGAAGGCGAUGCAUCCUCGUUGUACGAGAACAAAGAGAACUGGCGAAAAUAUAGCCUCUUCUACGACAACUACAAGAAGGGCUGCUGGUGGCUCUUUAUUCCUGCCAUUCUAUAUAUGCUCAUCAAAGGCUGCAUCAUUGCUGGUGCAAAUGGGCAUGGAAUGGUUCAAUCUACUGGUCAGCUUGUCGUCGAAGCGCUAAUGCUGAUUCUUUUACUCUGGCACCGGCCAUAUGUCGCCAAGUCCACUCAAUGGAUUAACAUCACUAUCCAGGUAGUGCGUGUCUUAUCUGUCGCCUGCGUGCUGAUUUUUGUCGACCGGCUUGGGUUUUCCCAGACAACCAAGACAGUUACAGGCGUUGUUUUGAUUGUUGUCCAGUCAGCGUUGACCGGUGUUCUUGCCAUCCUUAUCGCUGUCAAUGCCAUUAUUCUUUGUUGCCGUGAAAACCCCCAUGCUCGGCGGAGAAAGGAGGCUGAAAAAAUGAACCGCGACAUUGAUGACCUCACUCCUCUUGACGCUCGUGAUUCACUUUUGAUGGAUCACCCACCUCGCAAAGACCACUCGGAAAUGAGCAACUUCAAUUUUACCGGUCCCUAUGAACCUUACCGGGACACCGAUCGUCUCGUAGACUCUCGAUACCGUGACGAUCCCCAAUACAGUCGUAACGUGAGCAGAGACAGUCGGGGCAGCCGCAACAGCCGUGAGAGCCAUGGCUCUCCUGAUGGCCGCCAUCCGACAAGGCCCGGGUAUGGCUUUGCUUAUUGA